AUGUCCUGUGCUCUCAAUCCUGAUGGCUCCCUCAAGGAUGCGUCUGACAUCAAGUUUUACAAUGAUCCUGAUGACAAUAUACCCUUGCCCAAUGUCCCAUCAUCAAGCAACACUUUCCCUGUUCUACUCAAGGCUGGAUGCACCCCAGCCAUUGUUGUAGCUGGUUCUCGGCGCUCUGGCCGCCCUUCAAAGCCGUCGGCUCGCAUUCGUGAUGCUGACAAUGCCUGUGGGCUGUCAGCAUCAGGCUCCAGCACGAGGAAAUGUGCUUUGUCAAGCACUACAGACCCUCCAGUGCCCAUCAAAAAAGCCACUAUGCGCAUCCUAUCUCCUCCUGACACUGAUGAUGAAGACAUCCCUUCUCCUCUUGAUCCAGCAUCCUCCGACGAGCUGAUCCCCCAACCAGACGAGGACGAGGACACUGAUGAAGUGAAGUUUGAGAAUGGAGGCGCGACUCAAACUGUUACGAAAAGUGAACGUACAGCAGAUAUUUGGACUAUAUUCAGUCAUAUUCCUGACGGGUGGGUCUGUACCCUGUGCAAGGACGCUGGUGAACCAGCACACAAGAACAUGUUUCACGGAGGGACUUCAACACUGCGAACACAUAUAGUUUGCUACAAACGGACCCACUUUCGAGUCUACAAGGAGUGUUGUGAUGCUGCAGCCAUUACCAUGCACUCUCAUGCGAUUCUGCCUGGCGAAGACCUUACUGCGACACAGCAAACUCUUGAUGGCAGCCUGGUUUCAAAACUGGCUGUAUUUAUGAAGGAGGGGCUAAUGGAAUAUAUAAUGGAGCUCAUCAUGACAGAAGAUGAGGCAAUCCAACUAGUUGACAAGCCAGCUUUUCGAUGUUUGCUGUUGUAUGCUCGAUCGUCCCUGUCUGAGAAAGAUAUCCCACAUCGCACUAAAUUGACUGACACAAUCAAGUCUCGAGCAAUCUCCAUUGUCAAAAGGAUCAAGGAGCAUCUUGCACUGGCUGCAUUGGAAUCCGAUCCUGAGGCUGCAACUGAGGAUGGAUUCAAUGUGGCAGAUGCUGUCGGCAAAGCGCUCGCUCUCAUUGAACAGAUUUGCAAAUCGCCACAAGCCAGGGCGUUCUUUCAAAAGUCUUGCGAGGAAGAGGGAAUCCCCAUUCGCGAGCUUUUGGCCUGGGUGAGAACAUGCUGGGCAUCUUUGUUUAAGUCCCUUGAACGCUUCUUGUCUCUUCGCCUGGCUGUCAAUCAUUUCACACUUCUUGCUGAUGACAGUCACAAAGUCCCGAUGUUGCGCAAUAAAUUAUAUGGAGACUUCAAGCUUGAUCAAGCCGACUGGAAGAAGUUACGACUAGUGCACAAUGUUCUCAAGGAGCCUGCGACUGCGCAGCAGUCAUUCUCUUCGGCCACACACCCAACGGCCUGGUAA